AAAGAAGGGAAGGCUGGGAACUAAGAAGCUAUUGGUUGGUGAUCCCUGGACCAAUCAGAGGAGCCGUGAUUUGGCGGGAGUCUUGACCGCCGUCGGGGCUCUUGGUACCUCAGCGCUAGCGCCGGGUGUUCGGCCACUGUGGCUAUGUUCGUGUCCGAUUUCCGCAAAGAGUUCUACGAGGUGGUCCAGAGCCAGAGGGUCCUUCUCUUCGUGGCCUCGGACGUGGAUGCUCUGUGUGCGUGCAAGAUCCUUCAGGCCUUGUUCCAGUGUGACCAUGUGCAGUAUACGCUGGUUCCAGUUUCUGGGUGGCAAGAACUUGAAACUGCAUUUCUUGAGCAUAAAGAACAGUUUCGUUACUUUAUUCUCAUAAACUGUGGAGCUAAUGUAGACCUAUUGGAUAUCCUUCAACCUGAUGAAGACACUGUAUUCUUUGUGUGUGACACCCACAGACCAGUCAAUGUCGUGAAUGUGUACAACGACACCCAGAUCAAAUUACUCAUUAAACAAGAUGAUGACCUUGAAGUUCCUGCCUAUGAAGACAUCUUCAGGGAUGAAGAGGAUUCAGGAAGUGACAGUGAUGGGUCAGAGCCUUCUGAGAAGCGCACACGGUUAGAAGAGGAAAUAGUGGAGCGAACCAUGCGGAGGAGGCAGCGGCGAGAGUGGGAAGCCCGGAGAAGAGACAUCCUCUUUGACUACGAGCAGUAUGAAUAUCAUGGGACAUCGUCAGCCAUGGUGAUGUUUGAGCUGGCAUGGACGCUGUCCAAGGACCUGAAUGACAUGCUGUGGUGGGCCAUCGUUGGACUAACGGACCAGUGGGUGCAAGACAAGAUCACUCAAAUGAAAUACGUGACUGAUGUCGGUGUCCUGCAGCGCCACGUGUCCCGCCAUAACCACCGGAACGAAGACGAGGAGAAUACACUGUCUGUGGACUGCACUAGGAUCUCCUUUGAGUAUGACCUCCGCCUGGCACUCUACCAGCACUGGUCCCUCCACGACAGCCUGUGCAACACCAGCUAUACCGCAGCCAGGUUCAAACUGUGGUCUGUGCAUGGACAGAAGCGGCUCCAAGAGUUCCUCGCAGACAUGGGUCUUCCCCUGAAGCAGGUGAAGCAGAAGUUCCAGGCCAUGGACAUCUCCUUGAAGGAGAAUUUGCGGGAGAUGAUUGAAGAGUCUGCAAAUAAAUUUGGGAUGAAGGACAUGCGCAUGCAGACUUUCAGCAUUCAUUUUGGGUUCAAGCACAAGUUCCUGGCCAGCGACGUGGUCUUUGCCACCAUGUCUCUGAUGGAGAGCCCCGAGAAGGAUGGUUCAGGGACAGACCACUUCAUCCAGGCUCUGGACAGCCUCUCCAGGAGUAACCUGGACAAGCUGUACUAUGGCCUGGAACUCGCCAAGAAGCAGCUGCGAGCCACCCAGCAAACCAUUGCCAGCUGCCUUUGCACCAACCUCGUCAUCUCCCAGGGGCCUUUCCUAUACUGCUCACUCAUGGAGGGCACUCCGGAUGUCAUGCUGUUCUCUAGGCCAGUGUCCCUGAGCCUGCUCAGCAAACACCUGCUCAAGUCCUUUGUGUGUUCGACAAAGAACCGGCGCUGCAAGCUGCUGCCCCUGGUGAUGGCUGCCCCCCUGAGCAUGGAGCAUGGCACAGUGACCGUGAUGGGCAUCCCCCCAGAGACUGACAGCUCGGACAGGAAGAACUUUUUUGGGCGGGCGUUUGAGAAGGCAGCAGAAAGCACCAGCUCCCGGAUGCUGCACAACCAUUUUGACCUCUCAGUAAUUGAGCUGAAAGCUGAGGAUCGGAGCAAGUUCCUGGAUGCACUUGUUUCCCUCCUGUCCUAGGAAUUUGAUUUCUUCAGGAAUAACCUUCUUAUUUAUAUACCUGGUUUCAUUUAGAUUGUAAGUUACGGACGUGAUUUAAGAUGCAGAGGCCAUUUUUUAUUAAAUAAAAUGCUUAUUUUAGGCUCCAUUCCCA